CAGUCCAAGGCGUUUCAUUGCGAUUUGGCAAUGCGGAAGCGCGCGGAGCCCAAACUUUGGCGGUUGCGCGGAUACCAGCAGGCGGGGAGUAAGAAGUAUUCGGCUGACGUUUCCCAGCAGCUUCCUUGCCAAGGCAGAUCCGCGCACUGUUGCAUCAAAAAUGGACCUCGACAUCCAGUCCAAAGAGCUUAGCGGGUCCAACUGGACGGAACUUCUUCCAACCCUAAGCCAGUACAAAACCAUCAGGUUGGAUGACUGUAGUCUAUCAGCUAGUCAUUGUAAAGAUCUCUGCGCCUUUCUGAGCACAAAGCAAACAUUGGCUGAACUGAAAUUGAACAACAAUGAACUGGGAGAUGCUGCUGUAGAGUUGCUGUGCAAAGGAUUGCUGAGUCCAAGCUGUAACCUUCAGAAACUAUGGCUGCAGAACUGCAACCUCACCAAAGGCUGCUGUGAGAGUCUCCGUUCUGUGCUCAGCAGCAAGCCAUCCCUGACAGAGCUUCACCUGGGAGACAACAGUUUGGGCACAGAAGGAGUUAAGAUAUUGUGCCAGGGACUUUUGGAUUCAAACUGCCAGCUGGAGAAGCUUCAGCUGGAAUACUGUGAGCUCUCAGCAGAGAACGUGGAGGCUCUCAGCUCUGCCCUGCGCACCAAGCCAUCCCUGAAGGAACUCAACCUGAGCAACAACAAACUAGGGGAUGCCGCAGUGAAGCAGCUUUGCCAGGGCGUGCUGGACGACAACUGUAACCUGCAAUCACUGCAACUGGAGAGCUGUGGCAUCACACCUGCCAGCUGCCGGGACCUCAGUGCUGUGCUAAGUUCAAAGCCGUCCUUGACUGAGCUCUGCAUAGGCGAGAACAAGAUUGGUAACGCAGGUGUAGCCCUCUUGUGCCAGGGGGCCUUGAAUCCCAACUGCAAAAUAAGCAAGCUGUGGUUAUGGGAAUGCAAUAUCUCAGCUCCUGGCUGCAAGGACCUCUCCAAUGUCAUUGGUACCAAAGAGACUCUCAAGGAUAUGAGCCUGAUUGGAAAUAAUCUUAAAGAUGCAGGGAUGGAGUUCUUAUGCCAAGGACUGAAGGACCCAAAAUCUAAACUUGAGUCAUUGUGGCUAAGAGAAUGUGGUUUGACUUCAACCUGUUGCAAGAGCCUUGGCUCUGCUCUCAGUGUGAACGGGACUUUGAAAGAGCUGCAUAUCGGUGGAAAUAAUCUGUGUGAUGCAGGGGUGACUGAUCUCUGUGAAGGAGUUCUGAGCCCCAGCUGUAACCUGCAAUCCCUCUGGCUGGGACAAUCAGAACUCACAGAGGUUUGCUGUGAUAAGCUUGCCGAAGUCAUCGUUGGAAAACCCUGCCUACAAGAACUGGAUGUAAGCUACAGCCAUAUAGGAGACCAGGGUGUGCGUAAGCUCUGCGAAGCAGUGAGAAGCCCCAACUGUAACCUGAAGUACCUGAUUUUGUACGACACUUACUGGACUACUGACGUAGAUAAUGAAUUGAAGGCCCUGGAAGAAUCAAAGCCUGGAUUUAAAGUUGUUACAUGAGUGGUGCAACGUUGCCGUGACCACUUCGACUGCCUUUUCUUCUGUCGGGAUUCUUUUUGUAAACCCAAGUCACCAGACCAUAUGAUGAUGGACUUUUAUGAUUCCAGAUUUCAUGGAGAUAUGAUAUGCCUAGAAUUAUCUGCUGAGUCCAGAAUGCAUAUGCUGGUGGGUUUUCUGCCUCUUGGGAAAUACUAAGAUCAGCACAAAGUAGAAUAUGUCUCCUGCCAGCUGCCAAAAAACAAUAAUGGUUACUUGCAGAUGAUCUUGGGAAGAACUAUAUUGGAGACUUUUAGACAAAUUGGGGAAUAAUGCCCAUUUUUUAAUUGCCAAAAAUUAGGACGCAACAUUGCCCCUCCCCUUAAGUAUCUCUGAUAUUAAUAUUUUCUGCUGAUAAUGCAAGGAGUGAUUUUUUUGUAUCUUGAUCAACAAAUCUAGCCCUGUAGGAAUAUAAAAUAAAGUUUGAUUGCAAAGAGA